CGCGUCGCUCUCGUGACCAAGCCCGCUUUUGCCAUGAGCUCCUCUGCCACUUCCAGCAACGACAAGGCGGGCCUCGUCAAGCGCCAGCUCGACAAGGGCCUCGAGGCCGCAAAGGCCGACAUCAAGAGCGUCUCGUCCGAGGGCAUCGCCGCCGCCCAGUCGGGAGCCUACGUGUACCCCUUCUACGGCAUCGUCUACUUUGCGCGUCACCCAAAGCUCCUCGAGUCGCUCAAGCCGCUCAUGGUCCGCAGCCUGAGCAUCUCGCUCGUCACCGUGUCGUUCAUGGCCACGUUCGCCUACCUCCCGCAAGUCGCCGUCCUCGCCGUCGUCUCGGGCCCGCUCGCCUUCUUCGCCGCCGUUCCACUCGUCCUCGCCGAGGCCUACUUCAUCAUCCUGUUCCUCCACCGCACCUUCCUCACGCCGGCCGUCUCGGAGCGCAUCUUUGACGCCGUCCUCGUCCAAAAGGGCCACGCCGCCCUCGUCGAGAAGGGCCGCGCGCUCGACAAGCGCGGCGGCAGCGUCACGCUCGGCAAGAGCCUCCUGAGCCCGGUCAGCCGCAAAUUCUCGGCCCAGGGCCUCGUGCGGUACCUCGUCACGCUCCCGCUCAACCUCGUCCCCGGUGUCGGCACGGCCGUCUUCCUCCUCCUCAACGGUCGCAAGGCGGGCCCCGCCGCCCACGACCGCUACUUCCAGCUCAAGAAGCUCGACAAGCAGUCGCGCCAGAGCUUUGUCGAGAAGCGCUCGGGCGCCUACACCUCCUUUGGCGCCGCCUCGAUCCUCCUCGGCCUCAUCCCCGUCUUUGGCCCCGUCACGGCCUUCACGUCGGCCGCCGGCGCCGCCCUGUGGGCCGCCGACCUCGAGAAGCGCAACGCGGGCGGUGAGGCUGGCGGCGAGGACCAGAACAUUGACGUCGGCGUCGGGCACGUCGAGCUCUGA